AUGCAAGCUGUCAUGAUGUUUCUCGGGCAGAUGCGAGCUGUCAUGAUGUUUCUCGGGCAGAUGCGAGCUGUCAUGAUGUUUCUCGGGCAGAUGCAAGCUGUCAUGAUGUUUCUCGGGCAGGUGCGAGCUGCUAUGGUGUUUCUUGAACAGGUGCAACCCGCCAUGAUGUUUCUCGGGCAGGUCCGAGCUGUCAUGGUGUUUUUCGGGCAGGUGUGCGCUGCCAUGAUGUCUCUUGAACAGGUGCAACCCGCCAUGAUGUUUCUCGGGCAGGUCCGAGCUGUCAUGGUGUUUUUCGGGCAGGUGCGAGCUGCUAUGGUGUUUCUUGAACAGGUGCAACCCACCAUGAUGUUUCUCGGGCAGGUGCGAGCUGUCAUGAUGUUUCUUGAACAGGUGCAACCCACCAUAAUGUUUCUCGGGCAGGUCCGAGCUGCUAUGGUGCUUUUUGAACAGGUUCAACCUGCCAUGAUGUUUCUCGGGCAGGUGCAUGCUGUCAUGGUGGUGAUUCUCCAGGCGCUUGAGAACGGGGCGGCGCAGAGUGGGGCAGAGGAUUCGCCACGUGCUCCUCUCUUCUCGCGCUUGGUUAUAAAAUGCUGA